CCACCACCACCACCACCUACAAGGCCCGGCGCUCAGAUCAGCAGCAACACGCCCCACCAGCUUCACUUGAGGAGCCUCAUUCUCUUGUCCAACGAGAUGCAUUACAAGUUUAAUCCCUUCACGGGGCGUCUUAGCACUCCCUCCACGCUUGAGGUCCCCAAUAAAUACGUGCAGUAUGGUGAGGCGCCCACUCAAGUGUUCAUCACCAACACCAAGCUCUCCGGCACGGACCACCCGAUCUACAGGGGCAAGUUUGCGCCCGUGCCGCAGCCCCUGCAGAACAAGAUGAGGCUCUUCCAGGUACCAAACGGCCUCCCAGUUCACAUCAAGGGCGGGCCGGUGGACAAGGUUCUCUUCGCCAUCACCGCCAGCGUGUGUCUGGUGGGCCUCGUGGAUUGCUUCAGGGUCUACUACCAGCUCUCCUACCCCGCGCCGCCGUCCUCUGAGUAGCACCAGCUUCGGACGCACCACACGAUGAAUCAUUAAAGCAGCGCCGAGUUUUUCAGUUCAUGCACGUUUAAUGAAGACGAUUAUUUCAGAUCUAGAUUGAGUAAAACGUGUACGUGUGUGUGUGUGUGUGUGUGUGUGUGUGUGGCCUCGGCGCCUGCAAUUUCCUCCCCCCUGAUGGCGAGGGUGAUGUAUAUAUACGUAAAUAUCGAUUAUUGUCUUACAGGAGGCUGUCUGUACGUACAGUAGUGGAGGCAUGAUGAACACAGCACACUUGUAACGCUCUGCCUCUACACCUAAUAACGAGGAGCAGCAGUCAGGCAGUGUGGGUGUGUUCUCAGAUCCUAUGCAUUAAAACUAACUUAUUUGCCAAGACUAUUUCAUUUCACCAAGUAAGUUACGAUUGUGCCAAAAAAAUUAGUUUGUUUUCUCCAGUCUUAUUUCCCUAAAGAUCUUAUAACCGUGUCAAAAAUAGCUCGUUUAUCUUAACUAUUUCAUUUCACUAAAGAAGUUGUAAUUACGCCGAAAACGUGUUAAUAAGAUUCGGCAGCCAUUGCAGCAACACAAGGGCGAUGUGGAGGUGUUGUGAGCUGAGAGGGCGGCUUGGUUAACUUCCUUGGCCUUCUCCAUGAGCUAUGUGGGGAGAAAGAGAUUCACUUGUUUUGCCUCAUUUCAAUCCAGUCUCACUUACGCUAACUGGGAAUGUAUUAUUUUAAUUUAAGCAUCGUUACCUUUACAUCAAUUUACUUUACUUUAUACCAGAUUUGUUUUAUGGAUUUAUUUUUCUGUUUAGAUAUUUCUGACGUGCUGCCUUACAUGAUUUUGUUGUGGUACCUUAAAUCAUUAUAAUUGUUUUCCAGCAUCGUUAUCUUUACGCAGCGCUAUUUUGUUUCACCUUAUCUUUAAGGAAAGAAUGUAGUUUAACAAUUCUGACGUGAGAUGCCUUACGACCCAACUGUUUUAACGCAUUAAAUCAAAGCGAUUCUAUUUCUAGCAUCAACACGAUCUUAGCUUUUAAUUAAUUUUACCUUAAGAUUUUUGAUGUGCGGCGCUAUAUGACCCAGUUGUGGCGGCGCAUUAGACUAAUCAAUCAAAGCAAUCACCCGUACACGCGGAGGAGACACGCCCAUCCCUCACUACCUCAACAAAGCAGCUUCACCGGACACCAUCCCUCCACGGCGCUUCAGCAUUACAUUAAUACAGCGAUGAAAAAACACAUUUCCCUUUUAUGCCGGGGUGAGGUGGCGGGAUGGGGGUGAGGUGUGGGCGAGUCAAUGAGUGGUCCUUGCCUGCAGUGUUUGUUUAGAGCUGCCAAGUGUACGAUAUGACCGCUGGGACACUUCCGGGAACGUUUGCCGUGAGGUCCGCGUGAUGCUUUGCUUCCCCGGGCGGGCCGAUAUGUUAGUGUUAGGGUCAGCGCGAGUCUUGUCCGCCAGCACUCUUUACUUCGUGGUGCCUUUGUUUUGAUGGCGGGAGUCAAGCGCUGCGGACAAGAUGAAAGGUAGUGUACGGGUACAAAUUUUUAGUUCAUUCUUAUUUGUGAGGCGCUGGUGGUGACUGGAUUUUGAUUUUGAGAGUCAAACACUGCGGACAGGAUAAAAGAUAAAGGUUCAAAUUUUUAGGUAUAUAUUUAAUUUUUAUUUGUGAGACGCUGGUGGUGGUUGGCUGACUAAAACGCUUCUUCUCUAGUGGUACCUUUGUUUUGAUUCCGGGAGUCAAGCGCUGCGGAUGAAAUGGUAGAGUACGGGUAAAGACUUUUGGGUAGACGAUUCAUCCUUAUUUGUGAGGCGUUGAUGGUGGCUGGCUGAUCGAAACUCUCCUUUUGCUGUGGUGGUUUUCUUUCGAUUUCGGGGGGGUCAAGCGUUGCAAACAAGCUGAAAAAUGGUGUACCUUAAAGUAAGAAGGAAAUUAAUUGCUUUUUAUAAGGCGCAUAGAGUAGUUAGCUGUCUCAUACGCUUACCUCUAUGUACUCUAAUGUUGGUUUUCUUCGGAUCUUGGGAGUCGAGCGCUGCAGGCAAGAUGAAAGCUAGUGUUCGGAUAUAGAUUUUAGGUAAAUAAUUCAUUCUUAUUUGUGAGGCGAUGGUGGUGGAUUAUCAAAUCACUUACGUCUCUAGUGUAGGUUUCCCUUGGAUUUCUAGAGUCACGUGCAGCAGAAAAGAUGGAAAAUACUGAAAAUCAAGGUUAAAAAAAAAAAUAAAUAAAUAAAUAAAUAGAGAGAGAAUUUGUUGUUCCUUUGUGAAGCGUUGACGGUGGCUACCUGACUCGCACACUUAUUUUUCUUCAGCGCAGGUUUUCUUUGGAUUUCGGAAGUCAAGCGCAGCGGACCAGAUGGAAAAUAGCGUAGCUUACAUGUAAAAAAAUCUAAGGCACGAAAUCAAUCGCUUUUUUUGCGCGGUGCUGACAGUGGCUGGUUGAAUGAAACACUUCUUCUGUAAUGGUGAUUUUCUAUGGAUUUCAAGAGUCAAACACUGCAGAGAUGACGGAAAAUAAAGUAGCUUACGGGAUACAAAAUCUUACAAGGGAGGAAAUUAAUCGUUUCUUUGUAAGGCGCUGACAGUGGAUACCCGGCUCGUAUACAUUGACAUCCUCCCUGAUGUUUCUCCGCAAAAUGAACAAAUAAAAUAAAUAAAUAAAUAAAUAGAUAAUAAUAAAAAAAAAAAAAUUUAAACUGUAGGUUACGAAUGGAGAAUCCACGAUGCAAACAUGAAAAAAAAAGAAAAAAAAAAGAUAAAUGAAAAAAAAUCUAAGAGGAAAAUUAUACUGUUUGAUCCAUCACAACUUAUUUCCCUGCGGUGCUGAGGAAAGCUGGUGAACUCCUGCACUUAUUAAUUCUACGUCUCUCGUGAUAUGUUGCCCUAAAUCACGAGGACCUAGCGAUGCAGGCAAGACACUGUAAAUGAUCUAGCCUGAAAAAUAAAUAAGUAAAGUAACAAAUUCAAAUAGAAAAACACGCACACACACGCACACACACACACACAUACAGAGAAAUAUAUAUUGUUUCCGUAAUUCACUGUAGCUUCUCGUGGUAUUUUCUGAGGCGUCCGCUUUCCCGCAUUCCUCCUCUUGCGCUGGUUUGCCUUUAAUAGCGGGAGUCAGGCGCGCGCUGCAGAAAAGACGAUAUGGCGGAAAGAAAAAAAAAAAGAAAAGAAAAAGUAAUGCUGGUGAAGCUUUCGAGUAAAUCAAUAAAGUAAGGGCGAAAUUUACCGCAUGUUUGAGGACGUGUCUUGAAUUCUCUUUAAUUACGGGAGUGACGCGCUGUAGACAAAGUGAUAAGCAGAAAUAAGUUGUGCAGAAAUAAUAAUACUGGUGAAGCUUUCGAGUAAAUCAAUAAGGUAAGGGGCGAAAUUUAGCGCAUGUUUGGGGACGUGUUUUGAAUUCUCUUUAAUUACGGAAGUGACGCGCUGUAGACAAAAUGAUAAGCAGACAUAAAUUACGUAUGUACCUUUACUGAUGAUUAAUAUGAAAACCUAAGAGUAAAAAGUCUAUCAGUGUUUGUUGUAACUUAUCUUUGUUUAUUUAUAAGUUGCUAAUAAUCCCUGCCUGAUUCCUGCACUAGCUUUCUUUCUCUCUCUCUCUCUCUCUCUCUCUCUCUCUCUCUCUCUCUCUCUCUCUCUCUCUCUCUCUCUCUCUCUCUCUCUCUCUCAUUAAAAGCGGUGAGAAAAAUACGUAAUGCAAGGAAAAGUAGAUGCGUAGCUUACUGUUAGAAAAAAAUGAAGAGAAAAAACUUGCGGCGUGUUUGUUGCAACUUAUCUUUGUUUAACUGUGCCGUGCUAACUUCCCUACUUAAGCAAGCACCGCGAACGAGAUGAUGCAAUGAAAACAAAAAAGUAUAGAUUACUGGAAGAAAAAGAAAAUAUAAAUAAAAAAAAAUCUAUUUGCUAAAACAGUUUGUGUGUGUGUGCCGUACUAACUUACUUCAUGAAGCUCUGGAAACAAGACGAUAUGAAGAAAACGUGGACGGUGUAGCUUACAUGUACAAAAUAAACGAAUAAAUAAAUAGAUAAAAUAAAUAAAUGGGUGAAAAUUAAAAGCUUAUCCGAGUCACUUAUCAUAGGAAUUUUGCGGAAAGCUGAAAGUGACCGCCCGAAUCCUUCCCUUGCAUCGCCCGUGGUAGGUUUCCUUUAAAUGCGGAAGUCAAGCGCUGCAGACACGAUAGGAGAAAAAAAAAAAAAAAAAGUCAGCUUACGAAUAAGAAAAAAAAAAAAAAUCAAGGAAAAAGCUCAGUGGGCGUUUGUGUGACCCAUCGGUGUGUAUUUGUAUCGCGGUGAGUGACGGCGCGGUGGAUAGCGGGACUGCUGCUGCCUGACUCCUGUGUCCUCUCCUGCCCCCGCCCCGUCCGCGCCGCUCGAGCUCGCCACGUCUAAAAGACCCAGCCCGGCAAAAACUGAAUGUCCGGCCUUGUCUUGUCAUGGACGCAGAAUGCAGCUUGACUGGUAAAAAGAAAAGUGUGUUCGAGCAAGGCGGAUCAACUUGUGUGUUAUUCAGUCUGCGGCGCCUCGCUUUCCUCCUCGCCAUGCACAGCUCCUCGCCGCGGCUUCUCUUUAUCCCUGCCACUGCCGAACCAACGCAGGGAAUGCAUGCAGGUGUGAACGCGUCCGAGACACCACCACCACCACCACCACCUCCACCUCCACCACCUUCGCCGCCGCCGCCGCUAGACACCCACGCACGUGACAUCAAUGAGUACUUACCCACCAAUGAGGGAAGUCGAUAAGGAUGACGUCGAUAAGGAAGGAGCGCCGCCACCCAUACACGGGUCCCGAUGUCAGUAGAAGUAGAAUCCCGUGGCCAAUGAGGACCCUGCGAGGAGAGCACGUAAUUGAAUCCAACCAAUGGGAAGAAGAGAGUGGUGUGACGUCACAUGUCAGGUUUCCCUGCCCCUUCAUGUCAUGAUCAAUACUGCCCACGAAAGGUAAGGUGGCAACUGUUUAACUUGUCUUGCGGCUAUCCAGAAUAUACCUUAAUUCCACCUCCAAUCACCUCCCACGCUUACUAAUAGGUGUGAUUGUGACCCCUGAUUGUACCGCCAGGCGUGGAGGCACCGUAUUGGCACUGUUAUGGGAGGGUAUCGCACUCCUGGCCUCAUUACCGCUGUCAGAAUAAUACUACAAGCAAAACAUGCCUUCAUUCCAUCGACAAUUACCUCCCUCGCCUGCUAAUACAUGUAAUUGUUCGGGUUUGAUUGUACCAAGAAACACGUAGGCAUUGCACUGACUGUUCUAAUGGGAUAAUGGACUCCAAGGCUUAUUAUCACUACCCAAACCAUUCCUUGACCCUACCGCCAAUUACUUGCCACGCUUCCUGUCACGUGCGGUUGUUUGGUCUAAUUACACCGAAAAGCAUUGCACGUAUUGACACCAUUGUAGCAGGAUAUAGUACUCUGGCCCUCUUUAUUAUUAUUACCAGGGUCUUUAGUUGUACCAGUAGUAGUCGUAGUAGUAGUAGUGGUAGUAGUGGUAGUAGUAGUAGUAGCAGUAGUACGGGGAGCAUCAUACAACCCACUAGCUCAUUAUUUUCUCUCAUCAAUCAUCAACCAAAUGAGGACAAAACAUACAAUAUGACUCACAACAAUUUUUUUUUUUUUUACAAUUGCCUCGGAUGUUGAUAUGAUUAAUUGAAGGCUGAAGGAGGAGAAGGAGGAGGAUGAGAAGGAGGAGGAGGAGGACAUGUAGAAAGAGGAAGACACGCAGGAGGAGGAGGAGAUGCAGAAAGAGGAAGACAUGUAGGAGGAGGAGGAGAAGAUGCAGAAAGAGGAAGACACGCAGGAGGAGGAGGAGGAGGAGGAGGAGGAAGAGAGAGAGAGUUCCCGAAGAUGUAGUAAGUGAGUGACUCGUGUUUUAUUAUGUGCGGCGCGUGCGACUUCCGGCCCAUGCAGGUGAGGAAGAGGAGGAGGAGGAGGAGGAGGAGGAGGGGCGGGGAUAGGCGUAGGCGUGUGUGCGCUCAGAGUAAUAGUGUUGAGCCGAGGGUCAUUUUGAUAACACGAAGAGAUGCAGCGAAAGAUGCGCCUACUUAACCUGAACUGACGUAACGUGUUUUUUUUUUUUUUUUUUAUGGCCUAAUAGUAUAAAAGGGGCGUGGGAUUAAGAGUUUCGUGUCAGUGAGAAAUCAUGAACGGUAAUGUUAAGAGGAGAAGCAGUGGGGAAUGAGACUAAACCUAACUUAACCUAACCUAACCUAAAUUAACCUAACCUAACAUAAUUUUUAAAGGGUUUAAUAGCAUAAAUAAGACGCGAGGUUAAGAAAAUUCAUGUCACACUAAAAAAUUAAAAAAAAAAAUGGACAAAUAAAAACCUGUUUUCGUAACAGUAGCCAGAAACAAAAGAGCGUGAGAUGCGUCUAUAUAAAGGAUCUAAUCGUGUAAAUACCGCGAGAUGAGCCUAUUUAAGAGGAUCUAAUCGCAUAAACGGACCACGGAGUUAAAGUUAAGAGGGUUCGUGAUGCCAGGUGAUUGUAAUUAUACGAGACAGUGAUGGAAUCCGCACCAUGCAGCUACUGGCCACAACAAGUACCUGAGGAGCGGAAAGCGUGUUAGUACAGCGAUAAUUACGUUCUUAUGAUGAGAGGUUCGAGGGAGGCGUGCCGCGUGUGAGAUUUAGGAUUGGGGGAGAGGAAGAGCACGGGGAAGAUUGGGGUAAGUUGAAAUAGGGGGUGUUAGGCCAGGUAUGAAAGGCCGGAGUUGUGUCGUUGGAUGCGGUGAGUUUACUAAGGUGUGUGUGUGUGUCUGUGUGUGUGUGUGUUGAUAUAGUCCGAGCGGAGGAGGAGUGAGGAAGGAAAGGAGCGGUAGGAGGAAGGAGGGAAGGAAUAAUGCUAUGGUUUAUUAGGACAGAAGCGAGGAAUCAGUUGUGAGUAAUGUACGGGUGAGAUAAGACGUCAGACUCAUGGCUCAAGAUGCUUUCCAAGACGCUACUACCUCAACACACACACGCACACACACACACACACACACACACACACACACACACACACACACACACACACACACACACCACAACGCAGCACACACCAAGACGUACAUAGAAAUCAAGGUUCAAGAUGACAAUGAAUGUUCUUUAAGACACUACUCAAUUAACACACACAGCACACAUUAACACACAACACAAUACACCCACGCCCACGCCCACAUACACGCCCACACACACACACACACACGGACAUACAACACCAAGACGCCACACAAUCAAGGACUUGCAGCGAGAGAGAGAGAGAGAGAGAGAGAGAGAGAGAGAGAGAGAGAGAGAGAGAGAGAGAGAGAGAGAAAGAGAGAGCGUUAGAGGCGCGCCUUGCGUCUUGAAUCCUCCAGCAGGUCGGGGAGGGGACGGCAGGACAGGUUGAGGGGUGAGGUGAGGUGAGUGGGUAGGGUGGCUAGGGUACUGGUCAUGCCCUCCCCACCCCUACCCAACUCGCCUUCCUUUCCCUCUCCAAGUCUCCCCUUACCCUCGUAUUAUUUACUUCUCUCUACCCUUCCUUCUCCCCUCUUCCUCCCCUUCUUUGUCUCUGUCUCCCCUCUCUCACUCCCCUCCUACUUCCCGUCUUUGUCUCUGCUUCCCCUCUCUCUCCCCCUUGAGGCCAUCCCUUAACUCCCCUCUCUUGGCUGGGGAGGGGAGAGUAAUCGCUGCUUUCUCGUCCCCUUUCCCCUUCCCUCUGCAUCUUUAUUGUUCAUAUAAUGUCCGCCCUCUAUUUUCUCACCUCCCUCUCCCUCUCUCUCUCCUUAUUUCCCUUUCUAUUUCGUCGUUUCCUCUCUCUCUCUUUCUCUCUGUCUUUCUCUCUCUCUCGCUCUCGCUCUCUCUCGGUCUCUCUCUUUCUUUCUCUCUCGCUUUCUUCUCACAAGUCCUCCAUUAUCUUCUCUCUUCAUCUCAGUCCAGCGUAAUUUUUUUUACACGUUUUCUGUGACGGCCGAGCGUAACGGGCAGACUCAAGGAAACUAGAACUCGCCGCUUCUUAAAAACAUGCCUGGAUUUUCGCUUGGACGCCAGCAUCCAGGCGAGCGACUCAAGGUGACCGUGGCAUUCUGCAUUUCCCCUCUUCCCCAAUUCACUUUCCUCUUCCCUCACCCUCGCCCCUUCUUCGCCGACCCUCUCCCUCUCCCCUUUUUUGCCUCCCCUCCUCCCAUAUUCCCCUUUUUCUCUCUUGUGAUGGAAUAGAGCGAUGAAUGUCAGAGGUAAAACCCGGUGCCACUUUGUCCAGGUGUAUAAAUAUAUUGUGACGUGAUGUGGGGCGAGUGUCCGCUGUGCUCAUGAUUGUGCUGCUAAUGAUGGUGAUGGUGAGGAUGGUGAGGAUAGUGGUGAUGAUGAGGAUGGUUGUGAUGAUUAUGAUUAGUGUUAUUAUGGUAAUGAUUGUUAUGGUAGUGGUAGUUUUAGUGUGGUGGUGAUGAUUGUGUUGUUAAUUAUGUAUGUUGUUGUUGUUGUUGUUGUUGUUGUUGGUAGUGGUGGUGGUGGUCAUGGCCUUUGUGAUGGUGCUGAUUAUGAUAACUAUAAAUGUCAUCAUUAUUAUCAUUAUUAUCAUCAUUAUCAUAAUCACCAUCAUCAUCAUACUUGCACAAUGAAUAAGACAGUGAUAAUGAUAACUAUGAUACUGCUAUUGUUUCUGAUGAAGAUGAUGAUCAUCAUGGUCAUGGUGAUGACAUCAAUCAUUAUUAUUGUUAUUAUUAUUAUUAUUAUUAUUAUUAUGGUGAUGAUUAUGAUGACGAUGAUGUUGAUAAUGAUAAUGAUGAUUGUGAUGAUGAUGAUGAUGAUGAUGAUGAUGAUGAUAACGAUGAUAAUUAUGAUGGUGGUAGUGAUGAUGAUGAUGAUGAUGAUGAUGAUAACGAUGAUGAUAAUUAUGAUGGUGGUAGUGAUGAUGAUGAUGGUACUCGUAGUGACAGUCGUGGUGAAGAAAAUGAUCAUGGCAGUGAACGUGACGAUGGUGAAAAAGAUGGUGACUGUUGAUGCUGAUGAUGGAGAUGAUUGUGACCGUCAGUUCUAUUAUCAUUAUUGUUAUUAUUAUCACUACUACUAUUAUUAUUAUUAUUACUAUUAUUAUUAUUAUUAUUAUUACUAUUAUUAUUAUUAUCAGCAGCAGCAGCAUCAUCACAGUAGUAGUAGUAGUAGUAGUAGUAGUAGUAGUAGUAGUAGUGUUGGUGGUAGUGGUGUUUGUGAGGGUGGUGGUGUUGGUAGUAGUAGUAGUGGUGGUGGUGGUAGUAGUAGUAGUAGUAGUAGUAGUAGUAGUAGUAGUAGUAGUAGUAGUAGUAGUGGUGGUAGUGGUGGUGGUGGUGGUGGUAGUAGUAGUAGUAGUAGUAGUAGUAGUAGUAGUAGUAGUAGUAGUAGUAGCAAUAGUAGUAGCAGCAGUAGUAGCAGCAGAAGUAGUAGUCGUCAGGUCCCUACAUAUAACUGCAGCAUCACCCUCUGGUCGUAACCCUGAGCAUCUCACGACCGUCACCUCCACAGCUCUUCUCCUCCUCUUCCUCCUUCGCUUCAUCCUCCUCCUCCCUUCCCCUCAUCAUCAUCGUUUGAACAUUCAGCUAUGAGGGAGGAGAACGGGGAAGAGAAAGAAGAAUAAAAGGAGCAGGGAGAAGGGGUGGAUGAGAAUGAAGAAGAAGAAGAAGAAGAAGAAGAAGAGGAGGAGGGCGACGCGGAACUGGAGCUGAAGGAGAAGGAGGAGAAGGAGGAGGAAGAGGAGGAGGAGGAGGAGGAAGUGAAGGCGUCAUAAUGCAUCUUUAUUGGUUAAAAGAAAAUCCGUUGUCAUGGGAGAGACUUUCCUGAGAUAACACACAGCACGCGAACAGAUCCAUUGUUCUGCCACCCAACACUGGCGGGGAAGAAAACUUACUUUGUUCUAAUCUACUACGCUGCACUGUACUCUUAUCGCCGCCACCACCACCACCACCGUGACCUCGCUGCUUCACUCAGCCUCGUAAUGUCACGUAGCUUUAGGUCUUACACGCUUAUUUGAUCUAUUUCUGUGUUUCUACGUGUUCUUAAAUGUUUUGUCUCCCAUCAGGACUGUUUUUAGAGAUGUCAUAGUUUAUAAGUCACGUUUUCAAGGGUGUUUUUUUUUUCUUAUUAAUGGUGCAGAAUCUUUGCCGAACUAUCAAUAGAAUCGUCUAUUCACGUGUAUCUAUUGUAUUUUUACGGUUUGUGUUCUCAUAUGCUUUGUUCUCUCAUCAAAAUUAUUUUCAAGAUCUCAUACAGUUUAUUAGUCACGUUCCCAAGGGUGCUUUUCCCCACUUAUGAUGUAGAAUCUUUGUCAAACUAUCACAUACGCUGAAAAACCCAAUAACGUCCGUUUGAGCUUCUUUAAAGUUGUGAAGAUAAGACACCGAGACGCUUAAAGAAGAGAUCUUAACUUCUACUGAAGAUCGUUUCGUUCUCAUAUACCCGAAGUUCCACUGAAGUAAAUUUCCCUUACGAAUAUUCCAUUCAACAUGAUUUAAGAAUAAUUCCCUUACGAUAAAUAAGAUUAUGUUAGGUAAGUUAGGAAUUAGAAGUCAUGUUAGAUUACGUUAGGUUAGGUCAGGUCAGGUGAGGUUAAGUUAGGUUAGGUUACGUUACGUUACGUUUAGUUAAAAGUGAUGUUAGAUUACGUUAAGUUAGGCUAGAUUCUAUAGGAUUAGGUUACGCUUAAAUAAGAUUAUAUAAGAUUUAGUUACGUUAGGUUUAGUUGGGUUAGAUUAAGUUAUAUUGGGUCGUUAGGUUAGGUUUAGUUAAAUUAGGUUAUAUCAGGUUUAGUUAGUUUAGAUUACAUUAGGCUAUUUUAGGUUAAAUUAGAUUAGAUUAGGUUAGAUUAGGUUGGGUUGCGGAAAUUUGUCACCGGGAGAAUUAUCUGAGUGACAGUUUUCAAAGAGGAAUCUUCGUGAGUGGACUUUACUUUGGUGGAUUUUUUACGUACGUAGAGGCGUCAUGGUCUCAUCUCUGGCGGCGUGCGUGCGUUAGCUGUGCCGCAGAGACUGUACAAGUUAUGUAUCCAGGCUUGUAGUAAAGUGAAACUCGCAUUUUGUAUCCGGUCGUCUUUCUAUAAUUGCAGCUUGUCAUAACGGAAUACAUCAAGCUCAGUAUACUUGUGAUGGUUUAUGUUAGGUUAGGUUAGGUUAGGUUAAGUUAGGUUAGGUUAGGUUAGGUUAGGUUAGGAUGUGUUCUGUUAGAUAUAUAUAGGUAAGUAGGUAGGUUAGGUUAGGUUAGGUUAGGAUGUGUUAUGUUAGAUAUAUAGGUAAGUAGGUACAUAGAUAGAUAUACUGGUAGACUGAAAGACUGAUUGAUUGCUUGAUUGAUUGGCAAACAAAUAGAGAUAAUUACAAUGACAUAUGCAUAGAUAAAUAGAUUGAUAAACACACACACACACACACACACACAGAGAGAGAGAGAGAGAUUGAUAGAGUCAGAUCAGUAGCCUAACCUAACCCAACCUAACGCAAUUAACCUAACCUAAAGUAACGUAAUCUACCCUAACGUAACCUAACUUAACCUAACCUAACCUAACCUAACAAACCCCACAACAAAACAGAGAUUACUUAUAUUCACGUAAAACUCCACACUCGUACCUCGUUCCUUGGAUGCCUGUCACACAAGGUAGCUUCCACGACUUUCAGUACCCUCGCAAGCAGGUGCACUCGCUCCCCACUGCAAAGGGAGGGUGGGGGGUCCCUCACGCUCCCGAUGAUGUCCUUGAGCGACCACGGGGAAGGAGCAUCGAAACUUAUCCAGCAAUCUUACUGUUAAAGCUUUCCUAAGACACUCAUUUACAGCAUUCCAAAAGUGAAUGUUAUGAGGAUCAGAGUAUCACGCGUCAAAUGUAAAUGUUGCUGUAAUUAGUUCAACAGAGUGGCUGUGUGGAAAAGUAAAUAUUGUUCCUAAGACUAAAGUGAAAGGUUCAAGAUGGUUUUGUGAAUAUGAAAGAUCCAUAAUGUACUUAAAAGCAUAUAAUGCAUAACCUUUGGAGAAAUAUGAGGAAAAAAAAACUGAAAAUUUAUUUUUAACUGAAGACACAGUUGUGAGAGUAAAACUGCGAACCUGAAACAACUAAAACUGAAGUGUCAAAGAAGAAAAAAUAUUAAUAACAGUAAAAAAAAAAAAAAAAAGUGAUCAACAAAGGGUGGUGAGGAAAGAAAAUACAUGUAUAAAAUAAAAUACAGAAGACAAAUCAAAUGAACCGAAGCAAAGAACGAUAAGUGGAAGCAAUCCAUGAAAGUGGAAGUGAUAAGAAUCAAACGAAUAAACAGCAGAUGACAGUAAAAAGAAAAAUAAGUAAAUAAACCAGGGACAAAGAAAAUGUAAAAGUCACAUCAGAAGAACCGCAACAAAGAACAACAAAUAGAAGCGGUGGAAAACAAACAAACAAACAAACAAACAAACAAACAAACAAACAAACAAACAAACAAAGGACAAGAGAUACUGAAAGAAAGAAUAAAUAAAUAAUAGUAAACCAGGAACAAGCAAAAUACAAGACACACAUUAUUGAAAAACCGUAACAAAGAAGGAUGAAUUGAAGCAAUGCAAAUUAAAACAAGCAAACCAACAGCCAAAAACAUCAGAUGAUACUGAAAAGACCAAGAAUAAAGAAAAUCAAGAAAACCGUAAUAAACAACGACAAAAUUAUGGAAGUAGUGAAAAUGAAAGCAAACAAACAAACAAAAACACAAGCAAACAAUCAACAAAUUAUAAAGUGAAAAAAAAAUUACCAGAAACGAACAAGAUAAAAGUCACACAUACGAGAAGCCGUACGUAACAAAGAACAAAUAGAAAUAAUGAAGACAGCAAACAAGCACACAAAUAAGCAUAAGACACUGAAAAAUAACAAAUAAAUAAACCAGAAACAAAGAAAUAUAAAAAAGCCCCAGGAGAGGAGCCGUAGCAAAGGCAGUCCUACGAGAAUCCCUCAAGGUCGUCAUUGCCAUCGUCAUCAUCUGCAACAACACGGCCAGCCGCCUCCUCCCGGCUCUUCCCAGUACGUCCCCAUCACGAAGCAGGCAUGUACACUAAAAACCCCUUCACCGGCCGCCUCUCCCAGGCCCCAGGCGUCCAGAUUCCAACGAAAGGAGUGGGCCCAGUAGCAGUUGAGACUCCUGUCAUCAGCUACAGCCCUGGCACUGUGUUCCCCAAGGAGCAUGCGGGGCCACGCACCACUGUGCCAGACUUUGUGCUGCAGAAGAUGAAGCAUUUCCAGGCACCAAACAACAUCCCUAUCCACCUGAAGGGAGGACCACUGGACAGAGUGCUGUUUGGGGCAACCUUGGUCUUGUGUGGAGUGGGUCUAGGGACCUGCUUCCAGUUUUUCUAUGAGAUGUCUUUUCCCAAGAGGAAUGACUAAUAUAUAUGUAUUACAGAAUUAAGGUUGAUUAUUAUUGUACAUAUUUGUGGCUAAUUGUUCCCCAGUAUCCACCUUUCAAAAGUAAUUAAAAUGUUGGAAAUUUUUAUGUAUGAAAUACUGAGGGGACAAUGCUUUGUAGAUUAACUUCAAUAAAUGAACAAUAAAUUGAAA